UGUUUAUUCUGAAUUCUGAUCUAUUGAUCUGUAAUUCUGUUCUUGGUUGAUGCGUUCGUCUUCGUUUCGUUAAUUACAAGUUUUGGUCAUGAUACCUUUAUAUUAAUUUACACUUUGUGUUGAAGCCAGUUUAAAUUAAUACCUACUUAAUAGGGAAAUUAAAUUUUAAUUACACAACUCACACUGUGACUAAAAAGCAUUUGAGAAUGGACACCAGUCAAAAUGUUCAAGACUUUGUUUUUGUACCUGUUAAGGAAGAGUUUUAUGAUGACAGUUUAGAUGAAAAAAAAUCGUUUAUUGAAGUGGAUCACACUAGUGCAGACAUUAAGAAGGAACCUCAAGAUUCAGUGAGUUUGUCUGCAGACUGUUCUUCAAAGUGUGACGUACCAUUAGAACACCAGACAACAGGAGACAGCAUAUCUGUGGUUUCUUCAGUUAAAGCUAAAAAAAGAGAGGAUUGGUAUUCCUGUAAUUAUUGUCGUUUUGAAACUAAGGACAAAAGCAAUUUGAUUGAGCAUAACAUAAACGCACUAUGCAGUGAACACCUGUACUUUUGCAAGCUCUGCCAUUAUAGAGAUUAUGAAAGUAGUGAUUUAAAUGAGCACAUGAUGACAAAGCACACUGAUGGCACACGUUGUAACGGUUGUCUGUUUAUUGGUGUGAAUAAGACUGAAGUAGCGAUGCACAUGUCAAUUCACUUGGGCAAUAAGAUUUACUCUUGUGAUGUGUGUGACACCAAGUUUGCUCUGCAGAUAGACUUGCUCAUACAUAUGAGAAAGCACAUCUCCUGGCGAGGUUUUGUUUGUAGUGACUGCUCCUACACGUGUUUCCUCGAAUGUGAUCUAGCAAAGCAUGAACGCUCUCACGGUAAAUAUAAGUAUUGUAAGUUGUAUGACAAUGAAUCUUCAGGACAACGAUUUUUAAAUACAACCAAAAGCAUGCACAGUGAUAAUCCUUAUUGUUGUGAAGUGUGUGGCUACAGUUACACACAUCCCUUGAUUCUUAAAAUGCACAUGAGUUUUCACGCUGGUGAGAAGCCUUACUGUUGUACAAUUUGCAGUAACAGUUAUGUACACAAAGAUGCAUUCUUUUGUCAUUUGAGGCAGCACAAACUUAAAAAUAGUGGUCUUAGACUUAAAAUACCUGUUUUGUGCACGUUAUGUGUGUACAAAGGAGCAAAAACCAAACAACAAGCACAUGAAGACUUGUCAUUUGCAUGUUUUGUAUGUGGCCAUAGAAGUGCAACAUAUGACAGCUUAAAAUUACAUCUAAGGAAACACGUAACUGAAAGACCAUAUCCAUGCAAGCUCUGCAAAUAUAAAGCUAAAAGCCCACAUAAAUUAAAGAGACAUAUAAAGAACAUGCACCUAACCUGUAAAUAAUGCAAGUAACAGUUAAUAUCAAACGUCACUACAUUCUUCAAGUCUGUGAUGUGCACACAAAAAGAUGAUACUAAUAUUUUAAAGAGUUAAAGUAUGAGAGGUUGUAGGGGGUAAUCUCUGGAUCUACUAAACGGAUUUUGAAAAUUCUUUCACCAAUGGAAAGCCAUGUUAUUUGCGAGUGUCAUAAGCUAUGUUUUUACUCCGUAUUCCCACGGAAACGGGAAUGGGAACUAUGCAGGUGAAACCGCAGGGCGUAGACUAGUUUAGAUACAACUAUGAUACUUGUGUGCUGUGUAAUAUAGUCGAAAAUUGUGAUACAUGUUAACUGGAAAUUGAUAAUAAAUUCUAAAAAAUGUA